AGACCCAAAAACUAGUGACGAACUGAUUUAAGAGCUUUUGCCGGCUCAAGAGGAAAAUCAAGAAUCCUUGAAAGUGAAACAAAUUGUAGAAAAACUUCGCCAGACUAGUAACUCGAGGUAGAAGAUUUUUCAGUUCUGUGAUGAAAAAUUGUUGUUGAGAGAAAAGGAUAAAAAUGGAACUGGAAAAGGGUGUUCAGAGAUGGAUUGUAGACAUCUCAAAGUGGAAUCCUUCUCCAGAUUACUUCGCCUCUGUGAUGUCAUUUCUUCCCCAGCAUGAGCAUUCUCCUAUAACCAGGUUUGUGAAAAUGGAAGACCGAAAAAGGGCGCUUGUAAGCAGGCUAUUGCAGUACGCACUUGUGCAUCAGGUGCUGGGUAUUCCAUACGAUGAAAUUAUCAUCAGGCGAACGGUUGAGGGUAAACCCUAUUUGGAAUAUGAUGACAAGACCGGCACAUUUCCAAAUUUUAAUUUUAACACUUCCCAUGAUGGCAAUUUUGUGGCAAUUGCUUCUGAACCUGUAUGCCUUGUUGGAUUAGACAUUGCUAAUUGUUCUAUUCCCAUGAAGGAGUCAGUUGACAAGUUCAUUCAGAACUUCCUAUCUUACUUCUCAAAUUUAGAAUGGUCUGACAUUAUGAAAGCUGACUCCUCUUACGAUAAGUUGAAUAGGUUCUACAGAUACUGGUGUCUGAAGGAAGCAUUUGUCAAGGCCAUAGGUGUUGGUGUGGGGAAAAGGUUGGACAAUGUUGAGUUUCAUCAUUCUGACUGGAAUGACAUAUUUGUCAUUGUUGAUGGUAAAGAAUUCAACAAUUGGAGAUUUUGGCUUCUUGAAAUGGGAGAAAAUCAUUUGGUCUCUAUUGCCAGGGGUCACCCAGCUACUGCCACCACAAAUUACAGAACAACUUUAAAACAGACAGAAUUUGGUGAGAAAGAGUACAAACUGGGACUUAAUCUUCCGAGUGCACACUUCAUGUUCCGAAUGGUUGAAGACCUUUUACCAGUCUCCAUUGUAGCUUGUCAUCACUACAUGGACCGGAUAGACAUAGUUUCUGAAGAUGGAGGGUGAAAGGUUCAAAUAGCUGCAUUGGACAGGAAACGUAAUUUUAGUCAAUUUGGUUAAUUGGCCAGCUCAUCUGCAGGACAUCACUGGAUUAGUCCCUCGGUUGUUGCAUUGCACAAGGCAGGUCAUCUUGUGUGAUUUCGUUGACUAACAAUACCAGAGUUCUGGAUCCGGUUUUGCAAAGCUCACCCCUACCCUGCAAUAUGAAACUGCUAGCUUGAUGCUAUGAAUGGUCAUAGCUGCUGAGCCACUCGGCACUUGUUCUGAAGGUUAACUUUGCCAGAUUAAUUCAUUGUUACACAAGGAGACAUUCAAACUGACCCAACCGUGUACAUAUUAUAGUGCCAAAGUUGACUUCAAUGCAGUUGCUGCCCAGUAACUUCAUCCAUCUUAUAAUCUUCCUUUACUAGUAUUUCUUUGUGCAGAAUGAUUCUGCCUUGUGUAGUGCACUUGAUAACUGAUUGCCGUUGCUCAGAUGAGGUGUCUACGAACUGGUAAUGUUUUGUAAAUAUACAGCUAAAAACAACAAUUUUGGAAGUAAAAGUUCUUGCAGUCUGGCUA